UGGUGAUUGAAAUUAUAUUUAUUAUUAUGAUUUUAUUUCUAAUUCUUUUGAAAUAAAGCUCAUUACUAUAUUAAUUGUUUUAGCAGCUAUAACUAAGAGAGCUCAGAUUCCUUUCUCUUCAUGACUUCCUGCUGCUAUAGCAGCUCCUACUCCUGUUUCUGCUUUAGUUCAUUCUUCUACUCUUGUUACUGCUGGUGUUUAUUUAUUAAUUCGUUUUAGACCAAUAUUGGAUACUUAUAAUUGUGGUUGAUUUUUACUUUUAAUUGGUUGUAUAACUAUAUUUAUGGCUGGAUUGGGCGCUAAUUUUGAGUUUGAUUUAAAGAAGAUUAUUGCUCUUUCUACUUUAAGACAACUUGGUUUAAUAAUAAGAAUUUUGGCUAUAGGUUAUCCAAAGCUUGCAUUUUUUCAUUUAUUGGCUCAUGCUCUAUUUAAGGCAUUAUUAUUUAUAUGUGCAGGUUCAAUAAUUCAUAAUUUGAAGGAUUCUCAGGAUAUUCGUUUUAUAGGAUCAAUUGUUAAUUUCAUACCUUUAACUUCAGUUUGUUUUAAUGUUUCUAGUUUAUCUUUGUGUGGAAUACCUUUUUUAGCGGGAUUUUAUUCAAAGGAUUUAAUUCUUGAGAUGGUUUGUUUAAGAUGAAUUAAUUGUUUAAUUUUUUUUCUUUAUUUUUUUUCUACUGGUUUAACUGCUUCUUAUUCUUUUCGUUUGUUUUAUUAUUCAAUAUCUGGUGAUAAUAAUUUUUAUUCUAGAUUUUCUUUUGAUGAUAAGGGUUAUUAUAUUUCAUUUGGAAUAAUUGGUCUAUUGUUUGUUGCUGUUUUUGGUGGUAGUCUUUUAUCUUGAUUAAUUUUUCCUAUUCCUCAUGUGAUUGCUUUACCUUAUUAUUUAAAGUUUUUAACUAUUACAGUUGU